UGUCAGUAGGCUACAUCCUCCUCACCGAUACCAUCAUCACGUACCGCGCUGCUGAUCAUUUAAGCAGGAGAACAAGCGAAUUUUAGCAUUUUUAUUUUGUGUUGGUGUGGUAGGCUACCCGAGGUGAAUGAGUUCUCCGGUUGCGGUUCUUGCGGUGCUGGCCGCUUGCCUUUGCGGUGUGCCUCUGCCUGUGGCUUGUAGUGACCAUCUAAAUUACAGACCCAUCAUUGGGGUCCUGGCUCAAGAGAACAUAGUGGGAGACCCUCAUGCUCAGGGAUCCUCCUACAUCGCUGCUUCCUAUGUAAAGUACCUGGAGAGCGCUGGAGCAAGAGUUGUUCCCAUAACAAUAAACCGAACAGAUGAAGAAUAUGAGAAGAUAUUUAACUCAAUAAAUGGGUUGCUGCUACCAGGAGGGGAUGUAGACCUGCAGACGUCCCAGUUCAGUCGACUAUCAAAGAUCUUCUAUGAUCUGGCUAUCAAGGCCAACGACGCGUCUGAUUACUUCCCUAUUUGGGGCACGUGCCAGGGCUUCCAGCAGAUGACAGUACUGACCAGCAACAAUAACCUUCUGACUCUAACAGACACCAAGGCUGUGGCCCUGCCUCUCACAUUCACCCCAGCUUCACAGAACAGCCGUCUGUUCAAGGCCUUCCCCAGUGGCCUGCUACAGUCUCUGUCCGAAGACAACAUCACCUCCAAUUUCCACAGCUGGAGUCUAUCGUUACAGAACUACAGCCGGAAUGCCAAACUGAAAAGUUUCUACAAGGUUCUGACCACCAACACAGACGGCAGGAGAGAGUUCAUUUCUACCAUGGAAGCGAACCGCUAUCCGUUCUAUGCUGUCCAGUGGCACCCUGAGAAGAGUCAGUUUGAGUGGGUAGACAAGCCAGGCAUGGUCCACUCUGCUGCCUCCGUCAGAGCAUCCUUCUACACGGCACACUUCUUUGUCUCCGAGGCCAUGAAGAAUCAUCACAAGUUCUCUUCAGCCAGUGAGGAGGAGAGGGCUCUCAUCUACAACUAUUCUCCUGUCUUCACAGGUCUAGAUGGUAUAUUUGUGCAAAAUUAUUACUUUGAUUAGAUUAAUAAUUGAUUAUAGUCUAUAUACCUUUUUAAAACUGUAAAAUAAACUGCAUUUGUAUUUGAGCUCUGAUUUGUAGCUGUAAAAACUGUGGAUCAGUGGUUAUUGCAGUUGAUGCAAGUUGUUGCUUUUGGAUGAUUCUAAGAAUGUUACCUUUUUUUUACAUGGUUUGGAGUCUUGAGAAAUGUGUGUUGUUUAAAAAAAAAUGUUUGUUGAAAUAUGUUGGAUGUAAAGAUAUUGUUUUAUUAAUGGGAAAAUAUGUGCAUUCUUACUGCCAUUACGACAACGUCUGAAAACAGAACGAAACUGCCUGCACACGAAUGCAAAAAGUAUUCUGAAUUAAUCUACUGUUUGUAAUGCAUUGAUGGCACAUUUUAGUGCCGUCACAUUUUAGUCAUUUAGCAGA